AUGAUAUUCAAUCAAUUGUUCUUGUCUUGCCUUGUUCUUCUGAUUCUUCUAAUAGAAGGAAAAUGUCAAGAGAAAUUUGAGAUUUCAGCAGAAAAAAACGAAAUUCCUUACGAAAAAGAUGACGAAACAAAAAUGUACAAGUCCAGUGGAAAACCUGCUCUAGUUAUCAAAGAGCCACAGUACGAACUGAAAACACCAUCCCAAGAGAUUAAAGAACAGAUCAUGAAAGCUGAAGAAAAGGAAACUGUGGUUCCACAAGCAUCGUUAAGCCAAAAAGUUGAAAACUCUACUCGUGAGCCAAGACGAGAAAUCAUUGACGAAGAAGCAUCAAUCGUUCCCCUGAUAUGCCCACAUAAAGAUGCGUCUAAGCCCCUAUUUUCUUUGCCGUGUUUUUCCAACAACAAUUGCGGCUUUCUUGGUAAAGAUAUGUUGUGUUGUGAUGGAAGAUGUUUGAAGGGCAUCAAAAAACCUAAAGGUGACCCGCACCAUGACCCCAUAUUCUUUGGAAUAAUAGAACGAAAGUGCCCAGACUAUCCCCUAACCGAAUUAUCCGAAGUUAAAGAAUGUAUAACUGAUGAUGAAUGUUCUCCACGGAUUUGUUGUGGAGAAACGUUGCGCACUGGCGAAAAGGCUAGAUAUUGUAGAACACCGAUACCAGUAUGGGAUACUCUGCCGUUACCAUCACCAGUUUUAGAACCUUUGAAAACAAUAACCAGCUAUAUGCAAUGCACUCCGCCUCCACCUGCUCAAUUAGAUUUAUAUCCAAAAACUUGUCAAAACCUGAUGGAUUGUUUCCCGAAUUUAUGUUGCCAAGAGAAGGGCAAAAAGUUUUGCCGGCCGCCAAAAAGAUCUCUUUUAGCUUUAGUUGCCGAAUUAGGCCAAAGAAUUAUACCAGAAGACGCUGCCAGAAAGUUUAUUGAAAGAUUAUCAUAAAGACCAUUGUGAAUUCAGGUUUAACAUUAAGAAAUGUUUGUAAAUAAAAAAAUGUUUUAUUUUC